GUACUGUACGCGACCACCUUAUUUGAUUUUUCAGAGACACCAUAAUUUACGUGAGGAGCUAACUGCGGAAACUGUCAAUUUCAAGGAAUCUUUGACUCGGACUCGGAGCAGUUGGAGAACUUGGUUUGUCGUGAGAGAACUUGGUUUGUCGUGAGAGUAAAGUGCAUCGCUAGUAAUUGCCAAGAGAAUGGCUUCUAGAGGGCGCUCUGAGACUGAGGCAUUGAAACAGAAUUUGGAAGAGCAGUUGGAUAGGCUGGUGCUGCAGCUUGGUGAUCUGGAAGAAUCUAAGGAUGAUCUGGAUGAAGAUGAGUAUGAAGAAACCAAACAAGAGACCAUGGAACAGCUUGAAGAGUUCAGCAAAUCAUUAGAGAAAUUAGGAAGCGGUAAUAUGAGCUUGGUAGAUGACCUCAACUCUAUGCAACUGGCUAUCCAAGCAGCUAUCAGUGAGGCCUUCAAGACACCUGAGAUCAUUAGAUUAUUUGCAAAGAAACAACCAGGUAACCUCAGGCAGAGAUUAGCACAGCUUAAAGAAGAUGAAAAAGUCGGUAGAAUUUCAACCCCUGAUUAUACACAACAAGCAGUGGAGAUCCUCACAGCAGUAAAGAAGCUUGGAGAAAAGCUGACUCCUGCUGAGGAAGAGUACCUGAACAGAAACUCCAACCAAGCACUUAGUAACUUUGAGAAAGUAACCAGUGAUGUAGGUGGGGAUAUCCUGAAGGUUGCUGGGUCACAGGUUCAACAAGCAACAAAAUGAUCUGUAUCUCACACACAUACACAGUGUCAUUCCUCAGUCACACAGCGAAACCUGCUCCAGGCCUACCAAAUCUAUAAUGUUAUGUCCAAUGACAUAUCACUCCGUUUGGAGUUGGUAUCGUUGGUGUGACUAACAUCUUUCUGGUAAACAGAGUCCUACAGAGAUAUCAACCAAGAAGAGAUUUGCUGAGAAACGCUAGUAUGCAGAAUGAAGGUAACCCAGAAAUAUAAUGGCAUGCAAAGACAUACGUAUCUACUGGUCUGGUUGCAGAUGGUCUCAUUCUCAGAUUGCUAAACAGCCAGUACCUGCCGCAAAGAAACGUAGUUAGCGCUAACAGAGCAAUGACAGAAGGCCCAGUCACAUGUUCCGGAUUGUGAUGUCAGACAUUGAUCCAGGAUGUAAAUAUCGCAUUGUUGUGAUGUGAGGCAACGCUGCAACAUUGCUGAUUGUAACAGGGCCUCCGUAAUCAGAUUGUUAGAGCUACCAACAUUACCGUGCGGCCGGUACUCAUUGUUUAAGACCAUCGUGGCUUAAACCUACUUGUAGGCCAGGGGUCCGUUGCAGAAAGAGUUGCAAUCAAUCGCAACUCUAGAAAUCAUGCGCAACUUGAUUUUCAACCAAUCAA